CCUCACCCAACACACACGCCAGGUUAGGUUACCCUCAUACAUCAACCAACCAUGGCGACCUCAUCUCCGAUCCUGCAGCAGCUGGGCUGCUUACGGUCGCUUCUACGACCCCAGUCCCUGACGCAGAGCACCACCAGCCAGAUUGGUCGCCGCGCGCUCAGCACCGUCUAUUCCGCGAAGCCAGAGCCGCAGCCUCUUCCGGCCAAUUUGCCGGAGCAGUUUCUUCGCCAAUUACCGCUGAGGAUGAGGCCGAGUCCUGAGCGCAAAACCCGCAAAAUCCCCCCUCCGCCUCCGGCCCCCAAGUGCAAGGACGCCAUUGGAGCCGUGCAAGAGGCUCAAUUGGCGCAGUUGGAUCCCACCGGAGAACGCAUGGCAUUGUUCGAUUACCGCCGGAACCCUCGCAGUGUCAAAGUGGGAGAUAUUAUCCGGGUGACGUUUAAGAACGGGGACCCGUUCUCCGGGGUGUGUUUGAGUAUUCGGCUUCGGGGCAUCGAUACGUCGUUUUUGUUGCGGAAUCAGUUGACGAGAGUGGGUGUGGAAAUGGCGGUUAAGGUGUUUAGUCCUAAUGUGGAGAGUGUGGAGAUUGUGCAGAGGACGGAGAAGAGGAAGAGAAGAGCUAGGUUGUAUUACAUGAGGAAGCCCAAGCAUGAUAUGGGCAGCGUGGAGAACCUCGUGGCCAACUACCUCCGACAGAAGAGAUCGAUUGCCGGUAAGAAGGCUGGUGGUGCUGGUGCUGCAAAGGGCGGCGCGGGCAAGAAACGGUAGAUUUGGG